AUGGCUUCGCAAUACACCCCUCGCCUCAUCGGCGCCCCGAACACGCUUGAGCACCGUGUCUACAUUGAGCACAAUGGCCGUGUCGUGUCGCCCUUCCACGAUAUCCCGCUCUUUGCGGACCAGAACAACGGGAUCCUGAACAUGGUCGUCGAGGUCCCUCGCUGGACGAACGCGAAGAUGGAGAUCUCCAAGGAGGAGGCACUUAACCCGAUCAAGCAGGACAUCAAGAAAGGUCGUCUGCGCUACGUUCGCAACUGCUUCCCGCACCACGGCUACAUCUGGAACUACGGCGCGUUCCCCCAGACUUGGGAGGACCCUACGUCGAUGCACGCCGAGACCAAGGCCAAGGGCGACAACGACCCGCUCGACGUCUGCGAGAUCGGCGAGCAGGUCGGCUACGUCGGCCAAGUGAAGCAGGUCAAGGUUCUCGGCAUCAUGGCACUUCUUGACGAGGGCGAGACCGACUGGAAGGUUAUUGUCGUUGACGUUCAGGACCCGCUUGCGAGCAAGCUCAACGACAUCGAGGAUGUUGAGCGUCACCUUCCGGGUCUCGUUCGUGCGACGAACGAGUGGUUCCGUAUCUACAAGAUCCCCGACGGAAAGCCGGAGAACCAGUUCGCGUUCUCGGGCGAGGCUAAGAACAAGAAGUACGCGACCGAGAUCAUCCACGAGUGCCACGAGGCCUGGCGCCGCCUCAUCACUGGCGAGGUGCCCGCGAAGACGCCGGCCUACGAUCUCAGCAUCCGCAACGUGUCGCAGCCGAACUCGCCAGGCUACAACAAGACCGACGAGGGCAUUCCUCCCGACAGCCGCAAGCCGCCGGCGCCCGUGGACCCUUCCAUCUCGAAGUGGUUCUACAUCUCCUCUGCCCAGGUGUAA